AUUUUUUCUUUUUUGAGAGAUCUGAAAACAAGCUACAGUUCAGCCACGUUCAUUUCUAAAUAUGUGGCCUAAAACGUCAAAUAUUCUCACAUCCUUUGAUUUUGGGGUGAAUGUUUAGUUGUGUUGAUGGGUGAAGCGCUCAGUGUGGGUGACGUUAUGAUCCAGAGUGAUCUAGCUGAGGAUCCAGGCUACAUGAAGUGGAUCCAGGCAGCACUUACGGCAUCACCUCUGUUAGGGGGCUUUUGGCAGAUUCCAGCGGAUCCUUUUCAACAACCAGCCGAUCACAACAGGGAGGAGAGUCUGAAAUGGAUUCGCACGGAUCUCCGCUCAACCGCAGCCAAUCGCUGGCGAGCGGCCUGGAGAAGAAUUCGCCGGCGUGGAAGCCGUCUCACUCUCGGAGCAGCAGCACUCUGUCAUCUCGCCACUCCAGACAGAUUAUCAAAGACUGGGAGGUGAUUGACGACUUUCAGGCGGAAAUGCACCCAGGAGGUGACAGUCCUCAUGACAUGACCACCCCGGGUAUCUGCGAAGGAUAUCUCCUGAAGAGGAGGAAGUGGCCUCUUAAAGGUUGGCACAAGCGAUACUUUGUCCUGGAAGCAGGGAUCUUACGUUACUCCAAAAACCAACAAGAUGUCUCCAGGGGACGAGUCCAGGGCUCCCUAGAUGUGAGCCUCGCAGUCAUGUCCAUCAACAAGAAAUCCAAUCGGAUUGACUUGGAUGCAGGAGACAUCCUCUAUCACAUGAAGGCAAAGAGCCAUGAACUCUUCUACAUUUGGGUAACCAAGCUACAAGCCCACCGCCUGUACAAGAAGAACGAGGCAGCUCACGUUCACGGCGGCUUCCUCCAGACGUUGUCCCACGGCCCUGCAGCCGGACAGGCUCAGAGAAAUGGAGAUUUGAGCUCUGCAGGCAGGGCGGAUUCAGCUGGAGCAUCAGGGGCGCUGCCCUCCGCUAACACCGCCGUGAACAGCAAGGUGUCAGCAUGGCUGCAGCAAAGUCACGACCCGGACACCUGCGUUCAAGAGCUGAACCGUUGCCAUUUGGACCUUUGUGAGCUAAACCGCUUAAUCCAGAGCCUGCAGACGCUGGAGGCGGGCCAGGCUUUCACGAACGGAGACCUGAAGCGCAUCAUCAGCAUACAGAAUCUUUCACUGGAGAAGCCGAAGAAGUCGAGGUCGGGGAAGAUGUGGGGACACUCUCGUACUCUGUCCAGAGUGGAAGCCCUGGGAAUGGUAAGAAUGCUCUCCUCCAGUCACCUGAGCAGCUCGUCUCACCUCGGUGCAUCGGUCCCCUCCAUCCCUGACUACGUCUACUCCCAGCUGUCCCCUCCUAUUGUCACACUGUCGCCUGAGAGCAAGAAAAUCCAGCAGGACAUCUGCACCAUGUCGCUACGAGUGCUUGCUUCCCUGAGUUCAGUGCAUGAAACCCUGUCUCAGGAGAGGCAGAAGCUGCAGGAAGUCUGGGAAACCAACAACAUCCACCAGUCGAACACUUUAGCUGAGCCUGCAGCAGCGAGGCCGUCAGCCCACGGGCCCCCUUCAGUGGCCGAUUCGGCUGCGGAGUAUUUUGACGCCAGCGAUGACGUCCUUUGUGGUAGUUCCUCUGAGGUGUCUGAGGAAUCAGGACUUAGUGAUGGAAGCACCACCAACUCUGAGCCAGAGGAAGGACAUGCCUCAGCCACCCGGAAGUACCGUGCUAGCAUUUCCAAGACUCCUAACAGCGCUGUUCCCAAGAGCACCGGCCGGCGAACUACACUUCCUGCUCCCUGUCCUGACAACAGCCAUGUGGGCCUCAUGGCCAUCCUCUACAAUAACAUAGGUAAAGACUUGGCUCGAGUGUCUAUGCCUGCUGCUCUCAAUGAGCCCGUUAACCUGCUGCAGAGGCUGUGUGAAGAGCUGGAGUACAGUGAGCUGCUGGACACUGCCAACAACACACCAGACCCCUACCAGAGGAUGAUUUACAUUGCUGCCUUUGCCAUCUCUGGUUACUCCACUGCGACGUUCAGAAACCGCUACAAGCCCUUUAACCCGGUGCUGGGGGAGACCUACGAGUGCAUCAGAGAGGAUCGGGGCUUCCGCCUCAUCAGUGAGCAGGUCUGCCACCAUCCUCCCAUCUCUGCCUGCCACGCGCACUCAGAGAACUUCUCCUUCUGGCAAGACCAGCGAUGGAAAAAUAAGUUCUGGGGGAAGUCACUGGAGAUUCUGCCAACAGGAAUGGUGAACGUCACUCUUCCCAGGUACGGAGACCACUAUGAGUGGAACAAAGUCGUGACCUGCAUCCAUAACGUCCUCAGUCAGCAGCGCUACCUGGAGCACUACGGAGAGGUCACCAUCCGCAACCUCAAAAGCAGCGUCUGCACCUGCAAGAUUACCUUCGUCAAGUCUCGUUAUUGGGGUUCAGAAACGAACAAGAAUGAGGUGCAGGGCACGGUGCUGGACCAAAGCGGGAGCGUCAUUCACCGGUUCGGAGGUCUGUGGCAUGAAGGCAUCUUCUGUGACACUCUGCCGACUCCGAAGUGUGUCUGGAAGCCAAAUCCCCAGCCAAAGGAUUACCUGCUGUACUAUGGCUUCUCCACCUUCGCCAUGGAGCUGAAUGAACUCACCCCGGACCUGAAGCCUCUCCUGCCUCCGACAGACAGCCGCCUGCGCCCGGACCAACGGAUGCUGGAGGAGGGGAAGGUGGAUGAAGCCGACAGAAAGAAAGAUGACAUCGAGGAAUUUCAGAGGGAGAGGAGAAAAGAACUGAGCAAAAGAGGCGAAGAACAUGUUCCCCGUUUUUUCAAGAAAGCCAAAGAUUCCUGUGGACGAGACGUGUGGUUGACAAACGAGACUUACUGGAAGCUCAGAGAGAAUCCGGGGUUUGCUAACAUUGAAAACGUAAGUCAGUGGUGACGAGGCGACGACAGCGGCGAGCGGCGGCAGACGAAUACCAGCGGCGGACACUUGGACAGCACGUAUGAACCGCUCUGAGACGCACGCAGAGUGGAGAUAGUGCGCCCGUGACUGGCUCGCGGGAAGCAGACAGGCACCAGCGUCCAGUCCAGGUCUCCUCAGGAUCCCUUUUUUAAUGCAUUUACUGGUGUUUUUUAGAUUACUACAAUCAACGUGUACACGUUUAUAUUUUUGAGAAUUUCACAGUUUUCUGCUGAAGGAACUGAAAUUCAUCCGGCAGACCCUGAAAUGAAAAGUCUUUUAAAGUCAACAUUCCAGUAGUCAGAGAGGCCUGUUCGGUCAGGAUGUUUCAUGGAAGCUUUCAGUCAAACCUUCCAACCCGUUUACUACGUUUUAUGUACAAGUACAGUUGUUUGACUGAUGUCAGAGCUGCAGUCAGGCCCGGAUUACCAACUGAACAUCGCAGCCAACACAAGGGGCAGGUGGUUUGUGGUUUUGGUACCACGUGUGAUGCUGAGUCCCUCCUGCAGCAGUCAGGGUUCAGGUCUGGCCUUCAAGUCCCUCUCUGCUCAAAUGCACAAAUGAUUUAUUUGGGAAUAUGCACCACUGAAGCACGACAAAGACCGACCUCCGAAUCUAAUCAGUGUAUGAAAUGACGAGAAGACAUGAAAGAUGUCUCCGGCCGAGAGUUUUCCUCUCGGAUCACCGUUUAUCUGUCCGACCCACAGCUUCACUGCUCUGGUUCCAGCAGCAGGCAGCUGCUUCAAGAGAAAAAGCUCUAAAAACUCACUGUUCACGACCUGCUCAGGGUUCAGCAGGUAGCCACAAACAGGAUAACUACGGUUAGUCAAUUGACAGUCAAUUGAUUUCCAGCUAUAAUCAAUAAUCUCUCAUGAUUUUGGUCAUUUUUAAAAGCAUUUUCUGCUUCCAGCCUCUCACAUGUCGUGAUUUGAUGCUUGUCCUUCUCAUCUCAUGUAAACUGAACAAGUGAAGACGUUGCCUUGGCCUCAUGAAGUUUGGACAUUUUAUAGAUAAAGCGGUUAAUCAGUUAAUCAGAAAGAAACCGGCACAUGAAUCGAGAAUGAAAAUAAUGAUUAACUGCAGCCCUGAUAAUGAUUAUAAUAAUGUUAACUAUGACUGCUGGAUGUGGAGAUAAGAGGAACCCUUCAUCAUACUGUUCAUGGUGCAUAUACCUAAAUAAAUACUGUUCAGCCAAAUGAUUACAAAGGGGGUUAAAAAGCCCCCUCCCAGGCUGCAUGUGAUAAUUCAUAAUGCAUAUGAAAUACUCCGAGUAUGAUGCUGAACAUGAUGAUGAAGUUUCAGACAGUAUCUGUCUGGAUGCUUUGGUCGUUGUUAACAUGUGAUGCUGCAACAUCUACAAAAACAUUUUAAUGUUUUUUAUUAUUUCAGAAGUAAUAUUCAGUGUAUACACUUAUUUAAAAGAGGAGAUAUUCUACUGUAUUCUCAUGUCAUUAAUAGCGAAGAGAAUAUCCAGCUGGUUGGAACCAUAUACAUCCUGUAUUUAUACACACAUUAAACAUUAAUCGACAUCACAAGUGUGUUUUCAUUUCUCUGUAUCAAUGAAUUCAUUAUAACUGCAGAGAGAAAUGUGUCUAGUACUCGCAUCAUAAGUAAGAAUUUUGUUUGAAAAUAAUAGUGACCAUCUUAAAUAAUUUAAAACCAUUUUUACUAUUUUAUGUGUUUAAAUUUCAUUUAUCAUUUUCAUGAAAGUGAAUGUGCAGCAUUUUGAAAAGGUGCUUUCAGAUCAGCAGUUCUGUUAAAUAAACAUCAAAACAGCUGAGAUUUGUCAUGUGUAACCUUUAAUCUCAUGAAUAAAAAACAACAGGACAAUACACAAAUAUGCCACCUUUAAUAAAUAAGUU